AUGUCUUGUCAGUUUGUGCAAACGGAUCGAUCAAGAAAAUGUUUAUUGGAAUUAGAGAAUAAAAUCGAUGGCAACGAAAAACAAACGAUUUUGAGAGAAAUCCGCGAAAAAGAGGCCCUUUCGAUGGACGAUAUGAAAAGGAUUGAGGAGAUAACACCCAAGGAUUUCCCCGCUCUAUUCGCGUUGCUGUGUGAAUUUCGACGAGUAAAAGAACCCGAUUACAAGGCCAGUGCUGAGUUUCGACAAAAAACGGAAUUCUUGCGGAAGCGGUUUGAGGACAAACAAUAUAAGAAGCUGGUGGAAACGAUUGAUCCUUCGCAAUCCUAUGGAGCCACUCCAUUGAUGCGUGAUUUUGGUUCAGAUAUGCGGGCGAUGAAUCGACAAUUGACGACGGUUUUGAACUUUGUUGUCACUGUUGGAGGAGGGUUUUUCUUUGGUUUCACGGGCAUCACUUAUGCAUAUCCAGCCAGACAAUUUGAUCUUGCUACCAGAUUCAUUCUUGGCUUGAUACCUGCGACAAUCAUUUUCUUUGCCGACUUGUACUUUUUGAUAAAGAAUAUGGACGAAGAAUUGGCACCAAGAGCAAAUGCUGGAAAAGUUCAUGCAUCUCCACCACUAGACUUAAAGAAAUUCAAUUCGGUCAAGGAAACCACUCCAAAAACGAUUGCUCAAGAUGUACCAGCGAAAAAUAAGAAGGCAAAAAAGGAUGAC